CAGGUUUAGUUUCAGACGUUUCACUUUUCAGUAGGUACUUAGGAUUUAGGUAGAAGGUAGUAGAAGGACAGAACAGAAAAGAACGAAUUCUUCUGUUCUCCCAUUGUUACUGUUGUAUAUGGCAGAAAUUUCCCAGGAAAUUAAAAUGAGCAAUCGACGAAGACGUGCCCACGAUUUUACAGAUUCUUUAAAUAGUUUUCGUCAAACAAUAAUUAAGGAUGAAUUGAGUCUGAUAUCGUUAGAUGAUUCUACAAAAAAUACGCAAGAUGAAUAUAAUAAAUAUACCUGCUCAAAGAAUAAUAUAUCUUGCGAUGCAUCUGUCAUUCUAGCAGGUAGUUCAACCGGUCAGCCGUGCAAUAUUGUUAAGGAAAACUAUAAUACGGCAUAUAAAAACAUCAGGCAUCCUCUGUUAAGAGAUGAUACAUUGAUUGUAUCAGACGAAACAUCAUAUUUGUCACUUAAACCGGACUUGAACAAAUGUAUAAAUUUAUUUAAUAAUGAAUACUUGAAUGAAUAUGAUAGUGCUAAAGAACAAUUAAGUUCCACCCUAUCCGAAGCUAAUGUCAGCACAGACAUUAUUUUUCGAAAUUUAAAUAAAAAUAAGUCCAUGGGACAGAGCCUUAAUAAUCGUCCACGUUCUAUGUCAACAGAAUCACUGAGAAAUAUAAUACUUAAUCGAGAACUGAGAAGAUCGAAAAGUUAUACUGUACUUGAUAAAGCUUUGAAGAGGGAUAGGAAUUACAAUAUUAAACGUGACCAGUUUUCUUUUCCUGUUAAGAAUACAGUGAAAACAAAUUAUAAUGCAGAAAUUGAAACAAUUUUUCCUCCUUUGGAGACAUUAUCGUUGUCAAAACUUUCUGCUGUAUCAAACAGGAAAGAUGAUUCUACAAAAGAGCAUGAUUCAGUAAACAUUGAAAUGAGUUCCAAAGACGAACUCAAUCCUUCUGAGUUAAAAACGUUUCUACAAUCGUUGGUAGAUCCAGAGCCAUUGGUAGAAUCAUCUGCGCAACAACGCUUGUUGAGGCGUUUAUCCACACAUUAUUACGAUUCACCAAAAGUUUUUACAGAAGGCUUACUAACGAUAAUCGAAGAGUCGGUUAUAAACAACGAUUCUUGUGCACAAUCGCAAUAUCCAGAAUUUAGUUUAUUCAGAUUUAACGAAGAGCUAAGGAAAAUGUGUAAAUUUCUAGAGGACGAAACCGCUCCUGAAUGGCCAGGGUCUCCCGGCAUGUCGACAUCAUUUUGUGCAAAAAGAAAAAGCCAAGGACUUAAUGAUCUCUUACGAAAAUCUCUUGGUGUUUUAUCUCCUGAUAAGGACUUACAUUUUACAAUGCCUGUGUCGUCGCCAUGUAAUAUUAAAAGUCCCAAGAAAGCGUAUCGGCGCAUAUCAAAAAAUAUUUCCUAUAAUACGAAGAAUGUAUUUAACGAUAGUACAAAUACGUUUGAAAGCUUGGAAGCGAUGUGCAAAAAUUUGUAUCCUGAUCAAGACUGUACUGUUCCAGCAAAGGAGAAGAACUUGUUACAGUCUCCUUUACAAAAUAUGGUUAAAAUCUUGCGUACCUGUGAAAACCAAAUGGCCUCUUUGGAGAACUCACCUAACAUUCACGAACGGGUGAAAAAAGCUGGAACAUGUACCUCGGACUCAGCAUAUCAGCGCAAUAAAUUACUUGAAGAACAGAAUCUGGAGCAUAGAUUGUUACUAAAUGAAAAAUAUGAUAGAACAGAUUCGGAGAGAGUACCUGAUAUACUGUGGCAAACAGAACAUGGUAAAUGUCAAGAAAUGAUCGAACAAAAUGAUUUUGAGAACACGGUUAUGUAUGAGAUUGCGAAAAAAAGACAGAAGUGCCUCGACACAGUAAAGGUAGUGAUGGAAAUUGAUGAAACCUUCAAACCUUUGGAACAAAUUCAUCUAAAUAUCAAUGAUUCUUCAUCGAUUGAGGACGAUAAGUUCAUGCAAACACUCAUAAGUGUAAAACAAUACCAAGAUUAUCUAGAAAAGUAUAAAUCUUUGCUUGGUUUAUUUCAUCGGACAAAACUAAACACUUGUACGCCUUGCGAUCGACAAGCAGUCCAAGAUAAAAAAAUCGACAAGCAGUCCAAGGUAAAAGCAGUCCAAGGUAAAAAGCUGUCAGUUGUAUUAAAUGAUAAACAAAUUUUAAAAAUACCUUCACCGAGAAAGAAGAGUAUAAGUCCUUCAACAAAAUGUUCGACUAAUGUUGUUUCAAAACCAAGAUUAUUCAUAACUCCUGGGAAGACCCCUUUUAACAGGAAUUGUAAACUGAAGAGAACUUACUUUCCUAAUUUGUUACCGGAAAAUAAGCAAAACAAACAUGUAAGUUCUCAGGCAAAGAGUAUUUAUCGACAAAUGGGAAAUUACGAUCAUGUAGUUUCCCCAGUUGGAGCAUACAUAAAGGGUACAGAGUCUCGUCUGACAAAAAAUGACCAACCUAAAAGAAUAUUAACUCAAUCGCCUAAUUCAAAAGUGAAACUUCAGUCGUCUUCAAAACCAAAAAAGAAGUUGACUGGGACAACAGUAGGAGACGAAAAUGUAGCCAAUAACUUUUUGCAUCCAAAAAUGCAUUACAAUUAUCCGUCGUCUUCACAUAUAGAGGUACAAAAGUAA